AUGGUCUGUUGGACGUGGUCAUGGAAGCCAACAUUGUACGUGAUCAUCAUGCACACACUCAUCCUCUCGUCUUGUAUUGCAGCCUUCUUGUACAUUAAACACACCAAGAUCCCUUUGGAUCGACACCAAUACAUUUGGGGAUUGUUAGUACUCUUAAUCGUAUACUUCAAUAUGGCCUGUACAUCAGUCGUGAUAACCUGGGUUUGUGAACGAGUUUGUGAUCGGGAUUCAUAUUCGGAUUCGGAUUCCUCGGACCACCCAAAUGAACGUAAGCCCUUGGGAGCUUUCUUCUUAGCCGAAUGUCUGAGUCAUGGCUUCGGGCUGGCUCUCCUUGUCUUUCUCCUUUAUAUUAUUUCUCCCAAGCUUGCACUUUGUGUUGGAAUACCAGCUGCAGUGUACUUCAUAGUCGCUACAGUUUGCGUCUGUAAUUGCGUUUUCUUAUGUAUAUCUGCUUAG